CAUAUUUUGUGACCCAGACCUCAAAAGAACUGUAAUAAUAUUUAAGAAGCUGCAGGGGCUUAAAACAGUUCUUUUCGGUUCCUUUGUGCUGCUGCUGCUGCUUUGACCUGCUUUGCUGUCUUAUUUGGGUCUGGACACUUACAGAAAACAAGGAAAGAGUUGGUCCCUGAACGUGGUGCCUAGGAUGCCAAAAAAGCCGCGCUAGAGAUUUGCUGAGAGCCACGGCUAUUUUUGUAAGGAGCUGAUACUUUAGUCUGGGCUGCAGGCAUUGCCUUGGGAAAGGGGUUAGUGUCUUGGGAGGUGGGGAGGGAGGGCUUCACUAAGAAGAUAGCUCAAAAGAAGAAGAAAAGACCCCCAAAGAAAAAUCAGAACUGUAGAGGACUUCCCACCCUUCAAUUUGCCGUCUCCUGCAAAAGUCAGCGCUGACCCUGGUCACAUCCUCUCAGCUGCCAGUAUAACUUAACCUUUUUCACCAGAGUGUUCCUUGCCGUCACCAUUAUGACAGAGAUUACAGCAGAAGGACCUGUGUCCACCACUACAGUGAUAGACAACAAGAAUGGAACAGUCCCCAUGCCACAUGUGAAAGUGUCCAAGAAAGUUUCAGAAGACUUUGCCACCACGUUCAGCUCACCAGCAGCAUGGCUACUUGUCGCUGCACUCAUUGUUACCUGGUCAGCUGUGGCCAUUGUCAUGUUUGACUUGGUAGAUUACAAAACCCUGGCAGGAAUACAUCAACUUGAUAUUGACAAAGAUGUGGGGAAAGCUGAGAUCCCUAGAGGGCAAUCUGUAAACAAGCUCACCACUGAUCCACUGAGACUUGUACAUGGUGCAGUGGAAGAUACAACAGACUGGGUGUAUGGCUUUCUUUCAUUAUUGACCGACCUCAUAUUUGAAGAUGAAGAUGAGAGCGAAAGAGGUGAAGUGGCGCCUUCCUUGAAAAUAAAAGAAGGAAUCCAACCACCGGUCAAAAAGAAAGAAAUCCACAUAGAUAAGCCUGAAAAACCAGAGAAAACUGAAAAGAAGCCACCACCCAAAGAAAUCCAACCAGACAAGCCUGUAAAGCAUGAGAAAAUUGAAAAGAAGCCUCCACCCAAAGCAAUUCCCAAAGAGAAACCUGAAAAGCCAGAGAAGCCUGAGAGACCUGAGAAGCCAGAGAAAGCUAAGAAACCUGAAAAGCCAGAGAAAGUAGAAAAACCUGAAAAAAGGGAAAUCUCUAAAGCGAUACACAAAGAAAAGCCCGAAAGACAUGAAAAGCCCGAAAAGAAAGAAAAGCCUGACAGGAGCGGCAAACCCGAACGACCUGAAAAAGUGGGGAAAGCCAAAGAACCCCCCAAAGAGAAACCUGCAAAGGAAGAAAAGCCAAAAAAGAAAGCACCACCUUCCCCAAAAGACAAGAAGAGCAUAAAGGUUGAAGACAAGGCUAAGAAGGAUGUUAAGGAAAGAAAACCAGAACCCAAGGCACCUGAAAAAGUGAAGCAUAAGGAAACCAAAGCAGAGGUAGUUGUGCCUGCCAAAGUCAAAGCAAAGGAAGAGACAGCACUGGUGGUUACAGAAAAGUCUGAGAAGAAAGAUCAAUAUGCAUUCUGUCGUUAUAUGAUUGACAUGUUUUCGCACGGGGAUUUGUAUACAGGGCCGCCUCCUCACCUUUGGUUUCCACAGACCCCAGCAAUGACACCUGCAAUCUCCGCUGUUGAAGGCUUCAUUUUGCAGCCUACACAGCAGCAAUAUGCCUAA